GUACCAGUAUAUACCGCAAAAAACUACCAUAAACCGCAAAUGACGGGUGACCAAUUAAACUUUACACUCAAAACAUAAUCAUUAACAUAUUCCGCACGUGUGGAAAGCAUAAAUCAGGGUUAGUUAGGCUGUUUGCACACAUAUGGGAACGCGGGAGGCGGGGGCGAUUCGGUGUAUGUGAUGGUGAAGGUGCUGCGGCCUGUCACUCCUCUCCCCGCCGCGCCUCAGCCAUGUCGCCCUUCCGCUACACGCACGCCAUCGUCUGCAGAAUACCGGACUCCUACAAGACAAACGCCCAAGGGAUCUCCGGCGCUAUAGACUUGGCGAAGGCAAGAAAGCAACAUGAGACAUACGUAGCAGCACUGCGAGAGAUUGGCCUGGACGUGAUUGAGCUGCCGGCUGAUGAGAACCACCCUGACUGUGUGUUUGUGGAGGACGUGGCUGUUGUGUGCAACGGCACUGCCCUCCUAACCAAGCCCGGCCAUGCUUCCAGGAAGAAUGAGGUUGAGUACAUGCGUACAAUACUAAAGAAUGAGUUGGAGCUUCCGGUGAUUGAGAUAUCUGAUGCAUCAGCCACACUUGAUGGCGGAGACGUGCUCUUCACAGGCAAGGAGUUCUUCGUUGGCCUGUCUCAGCGCACCAACCAGGCCGGGGCGUGUGCUUUGGCCUCUGCUUUCCCAGAGUUCCCCUGCACGCCUAUCAAGGUUGACAACUCUUUACAUCUGAAGACAGUGCUCUCCAUGGCAGGGCCAGAUGUCAUCUGUGUUGGCAAUACUCCGGAAGCAAAAGGCAUAUUGAAGCGCAUUGAGAGAGAGGCCACGUUUAGGUACCAAACCCUGACCGUGCCUGAUAAUAAUGCUGCCAAUGUUGUCUUUGCCAACGGGUUCAUGCUGCACCGGAGUGGAGAAGAGUACCCGGAAUCAGCCAAGAUAUUUGAGGAAAAACUAUCCCAUUGGACCUUGAAGCCGGUCACCUUCUCAGAGAUGGAGAAGGCCGACGGGAGCCUCACCUGCUGCAGCAUCCUCAUACGCAAGACUCGCCACCUCAAGAACAUCAUGUGAGGAAGUGAAAAGUGUACCUGACCUGCUGCUGGACGGGCCACACCUUCCCUUCAUUGAUGGUGGGCAGUGUAUCCAGCGGCAGCAGCAGCAGCACCGUCUGUGUGCCUCAGGUCCCUGGGUGAGUUGCUUUGCCACAACUGCCAGUAAACAUUCCAAUGCCUUGUCUGAAUCAAUCUUUGCCACGUGAGAUGCUUAGUCACCGUAGAUAGAAAGAGAAGUUUAUCAGUUGUAACAUCCUGUACGAUUAGUUCUGAAGGAGCAGAUUUUUGACGAUGGGCAAUUAUCUAAGUGCCUAUGCAGUUUGAACUGAACUGAAGAAAGUUUGAGAUCUGAGUAACUGCUAUCUUGAUAAGUAUUCCAGUUAACUAAAGUCAGUGCAAAAUAGACAUAAGCAUAAAAUAAGUUCUGUAAAUGGAAACAUAUUUUCACAACAUUGAUGCAAAAUAAUAAUGACAAUAGAGCUGGACCCUUCACUAUGGGGAGACUUAUGUACAUGAUAGCGUGUGUACUUCACAACCCAUUAGCUACAGGUGUUGUCUCUGUUUUUCUACUGCAGAUUUUCUUUUUCUUUUUUUAUAAUACUGAAAUACCGGUGCUUGAUUAGCCACACUAUUGCAACACUGGCAGUGGUUGCGUAUGUCCUAAAGGCAGCUUCUCCUCACCAUUCAUUUUCUCAUUUCUGCCAAGACCUUUUAUGAAUUGCGAUGCUUUGUCCAAAAUGAGAUGUUAAUAUUUUGGCUCAGUUAUGGAUAUAUGAUCAUUUUUUUUACUUCCAUUGCAACAACUAUGUUCUUUUUUGUAUGAUAAAGUAAAGUUAGUAAUCCCUCUUUGUAAUCUGAGAAGGUAAUGAUAGUAAAUCAAUAAUACUUGUAAUAUUUUUUGUUGAUCUGGUCAUUUGUACAAAGGUCAUAGAAAAGUUGUUUUCCAGCUUCUUUUCACUGACAGUUCUCACAUUAUGUUUUAUGGUUUGCUUUGGCUAAUUUGAAAACUAACAUCAAGUUCAGUAUAGGUUUUAUUAUAACGCUGAUCACCAAUGAUCAUGAGACGUCUUCUCAGGUUUGAAUAUAACAGUGUCCAAAAUCAAGCCGAAGGCUACCUGUCCCAGUGCUCUGGGGUCAUGACAUCAGUGAACUGGUGAGAUGUGACCACAGGGGAAGCAAUAUCCUAAAAGCUGCAGAGGUGGCAAUUUCAAAGCAUUUCUAUGAAGUGUGAAAAUGCCUUUUAUGCUCACUCAGUUACUCUUGCUUGUAAAUAUAUUUGUGCAUUGUUAAUCAUGCACUAAGCACGAAAAUGACUAUUUAGCAAGGGUGAUGGUAGAACUGAAGGGAAAAUGCCUACGUCAUACCGAAUUAUUGUGAUGGAGAGCUUGAAACUUGUUAUGCAAUAUAUAUCAAACUUGUUUAAAUGUUGAAAUGAAUGAUACGUACUUGCUGAUCUGUUGUGACGUAUACCGCAUUAGUAGAACCCUUUGAUAAAGUUGUCAGAUGUUGAAUUGAAUACAAGUUGGUUUUUCUCUGUGAGUGUUCAUAUUGUACACUCAUUCUCAUAUCAUUCAACACUGUAAGGAAAUGUAAGAAGAUAAAGCAGUUCCUAUUUCCAUGGUAUGCUAAGGAAAUUUGUUUUUUUAAUAAUUGUGUACAUUCAUAAUGCCAAUGAGAUCAGUUAACUGAGUAAUGAUUUGCUUGGUCACGGUAUUUCAGAGUAGUAAAGUUCUGCUGAAUUUACUAUUUAUUUAGUUAUUAAUUACAUGAUAACUUAUUGUGCCUAUUAUCAUUCUAAACGUACUUUUGAACAUGGUUUUGCACCUGUCCAUCAAUAGGCACUACGAGGCAGCAUCUCACAUGAUGUCAUCUAUUUUCUUUUGGUUAGGAUACUACAGACUUGAUCAUAGUUUGUAACAGACACCUGAAAAAUAUCAUGUAUACAUUAUUCUUGAUUAAGUUGUGACACUUGCUGAGAGUAUGUUGCUCUUAGCUUAUGGCUCUAGAGUGAAGGGUGCUAUUUCUGUUAAUGGAACGAUAACAUUCAUGAGUACUUCAGCUCAGCGGUUGUACUCAGCAUAUAUACUACUGUUUUGGAGUGACUUAAACAUUUAUGUUGUGACAUGAGGAACAUACGUAGUUGUUCUUACAUUGCUCUAGUACUAAUCAUUGUAUUCUGACUCUUUUCCUCUUUUGUCCUCACAAAGCUCAUGUACUUUUGCUGUGGACCUGUGCUUGAUGGGCUGAACACUUCUUGACACAUAUCGUAGGCAAAGGAAUGCUCAAGCACAGCUUCAUAUCCUUACCAUGAAAUGUCUCUUUUGGAAUAUUUUUGUCAACUUUCUUAUCAUUCAUAGUUUGGAUUCACCCACCGUGGUGCUCAUCUUGAUGAAUUUUUAUCUAUAUAAUAUUAGUCACCAUUUUAGAGAUUGAUUCCCAUAAGAUAUUUUGAAAUAAAUAUUUUAGUUCAUCAGUUUUAUGAAUACAGUUGACCCUUUAUUUCAUAUAAUAUAUACUGUACAUCAUUUUUCUAAAUCUCUGAUAUUCAUGACAAAAUUCUAGUUUCUGAAAUCCAGUUGCAAUUCACGGGAUGUCCACCAACCACCAUGCCCGGCAGCAGUGUUGUAUUUAUUGUGUCUGGCUUUGAGCAUGAGGAUAAUGCACUGCAUCUCAUUUGUCAAUAUUAUUUAAAACAAAUGUCAUCAACAAUGCCCUCAGAGCAAACAUUUUUUGACACCAGUAGCUGCUCAUUGAAUGUUUGACCUUCGCCGUUCAGAGUGGAAGUACUGUUGUUUUAGUUACCCACAACCAUGAAGUAAGUAGCUUCAAAGCUUUGCAUCAGAGUUGACAGUACUAUACAACUGAUGGUGAAUGAGCACCAUUCUUGUCUCAGCAUUACCACAAUAACAAAGAGGAUGAAAAGACAAAAUGUCAGCCUCUCCAUGUGAAGAAACAGCACUGCCAAGCCAGGCGUGGGGCAUCAGUGGCAUUAAUCUUGGAAAAAUUACACCACCACUCAAGCAAAAUGGUUUACAAUUUAAUUGUUCUAAAUUAGAAAAGUUGAAUUCCCAGGUUCUUAGAAACCUUUCUCUCAUUCUUUGAAAUCAAGGGUCCACUGUAUAACAUGUCUGCAAAAAUUUGUUUCCACAUAAUGUUGUAUUCUCAAGUCUAGUGAGAUCUCUGCUAUCAAGUGAACAGUGAAGUGUUUGGGACGUGACUCGGUGAUAGUUGCUCGUAGUAAUAAUUGCUGACACUCAGCAGGUGUAGGAAACUUGCGGUUAAUGCUUACAGUGAGUCAGUUUUUCCCCUUGUCCCUCAAAACAAAGUGUCUUAUACAAAGAGUAUUUUUAGCUUGCAUGUGCUUUUAUUCUUCCAUCAUAAAGCAUGAUGUUGCUAUUUCUAUUUCAAAUUCAUAAUCUCUCACAACCUAAAGCUCAUGGUGCUACACCACCUGUAGCGGGUCAGGUUAGGCUAUAGGAGAGCACACGCAGUCCUAUUGUUGCCGUGGAUAUUUUAAAUAUCCAUAUAUAGGAAUUUUCUGCUAUUUUAGUAGUUGUCAUAUAAUAAUAUAUGUCUUGGCAUUCAUCGAGAACAUUAAUUUGUAUGCUUCUACUCCUCUAGUGGUCAAUAAAGUAAAAGCCUUGAAAACCUGAAACUUGCUAAGUGUGGUAAGCCUAGUUUAAAAUGUCAAAUAGGAAGGGUGAGAUCCUCAUCUUUCACUUAAAGAUAGGAUGUUGCCACUAAAUUGGUCAGUCAGCAUAGCAAGUUGAUGAUACAGAAAAGUGCAAGGAAUUUUUUAGGUGGUUGAUUUGAAUCAAGGGAAGAAUAUGAACACAACACCUUGUAGAAAUUUUUCUUUCUCCAUCUAUGAGUUUAAUUAACUUACUUUUUGCCACCACUCUCAUUUUGUACCCAGUGCUAGCAAAAGAAUGAUCUCUUGGUCCCACUGAGGCUUAAAUGCAUGAUUAUAAUGCUUGCCUCUGACUUAUUUAGUUUAUUUAGCAUUAGAAAGUGGUGACUCCAUGGCACAUGAGUGUGUGGUGCAGGCAGCUUUAGGUGCAGCUACAGAACAGGAGGUGGAGGGUCAGACCUUUGAACCUUCGGCCGCUGCCACAUAGGGAGCGAGAAAGCGAGCGAGAGCAAGAAGCUUUAAUAUACAUUUUAAGCAAUGGAGAUGGCCACACUGGCAGUGAGCAGGUAAUGGCGAGAAAGCAAGCUGGUAGGCGAGAAGAGUUGACAAUUAACUUUUCUUGCGCAAGAUCGCUCGGUCAAAAGGAGUGACAUCACAGACAUGCCUCUCUAUUGUUUGCCGUAACUCACCUCAUACAUUAGAUAGGGCAUUUUGGUUAACAUCAUUAGAUGCCGCAGUGGUUGCAGAACUUGAAUAUGUUUGUAAAAACUCAAUAAAACAAAAACUAAAUAAAUAGUGACGAGUUGGAGUUAAAUUAUCACUCCGUAAUGUUUAUAACACAUUUUACAUAUAGGUACCAUUUGCAGCGCCUAUGAAAUGAGUUCUAAAAUGAACAAUUCCAUCUUAUAGAGAAAAGACUCCUGAACACAGUGGUGUAUACAGAUUUUUCUUAAAACGCCGAAUAAGGGAAGCACAGAACUAUUUAUAAAAACAUUUCACCUCAUCCCUUGUGUGCUCCAACGCGGGCGGGGGCGAGGGAUGAUGUGUGCACUGUCGCUAGGGUAUUAUAGUGUUGCCAGGGUAUGUACUGCUCCUGAAAUGCAAUGAGAUUUGAUUUUCUCUUUUCCACUAUUCUCUCGACCCCACACGUCCUCUGCGUGUAUCAAAACACACGAGAAAUUAAUCAAGACAAGGAGAGGGUAUUCGCUGGCUGCCUGGGAUUGAACCUGCGACCAGCGUGACGGGAGAGCCACUCCAUACCGAUUCGGCCAAAGGGGUACCCCACUCGCCAAGUGGGUUAUAGGAGGCUCCCUUAUCAGGCAUAGUCACCGCACUACACGGCUUUCCCCCCUAUGUAGAUUAAUUUCUGUGCAUUGAGACCUUAGACAGUGACCACUAUCGGUUCACUAUUCCACAACGCCCCCGUAGAGACAUACCUCCAACUCUCCCCUUUUCUAUUACCCACGGAGAGCAUGGGCCAUCCUACCAGUUACCCCUUCGGAGAAACUUAACAGAAUUUCAGGAGAGGAUGCCCACCGCUAUGCCACCAGUGAAAUGCCCCAAGAUUUUAUUUUCUCUUUUCUACUAUUCUCUCGGCCCCACACGUCCUCUGCGUGUAUCGAAACUCAUAAGAAAUUAAUCAAGACAAGGAGAUGGUAUUCGCCGGCUGCCUGGGAUUGAACCUGUGACCAGCGUGACGGGAGAGCCACUCCUUACCGAGUCGGCCAAAGAGGUACCCCACUCGCCAAGUGGGUUAUGGGAGGCUCCCUUAUCAGGCCUAGUCGCCGCACUACACUCCUUCAUGGCAGGAACAUGCUCUGAUUCUCUCAUGUUUGCCAAUACUUUAGUAGCUUUUUAAACCCCAUGUAUUAUCUGCAAGUUGUCAGUUUUUCUGUUCCAUCUGUUACUGACUUGACACCCUCUUCUUUGUUUAUCAUGUAAAAUAUGCACAGGCACAGCUUUGGUAUUAAGCACUGACGUGUCUCACAUUUUUUUGAGCCAUGAGAACACUUGGCACUUCAUCAUACUAUUCUCUUGUAAAAGCGAUUUCAGCACGUAUGCCAUGACGUCCAGAAUAUCAUCUGAUGGUCUGUCUGUAGACUGCGAGUCGUGUUGCCAUGGCAACCCUCGCCUCACCUCGCUUUUCGUGUGGCCACAGAAAGUCGCCUUGCUGGUCUCGCUCUCACUCGCUUUCUCACUCCCUGUGUGGCUGCGGCCUUAGGUUGGGCAGCCAUUUGUCUUUGGCUCAUGGCCUGGGUCUGCAUAAAAAGGUUGUAAAGUUUUAUUUGAUGUUAUUGGCUGUGUGGAAUGUCAGUUAAUAGAUUGCGAAGUUUGUGUCUCUGCAGUGUCUUAAGCAGUAUAAAUGUUAUCAGUUUUUGUGAUAAAAGUGUCUGAUCUGAAGGUUACAUUGACAUUUUGAAUGUUAAGUAGAAUGCAUCAGUUCCAUUCAUAUCAAUCCAGGCAAUUGUUUUUUGCAUGUGCUGAUUUGCUUGUCUUUUAGACAUUGGUGCAGUAUUAUUGUUUUACAACACUAUUGGUACAUUACUUUUCCAAUGAGUGCUGCUUCAUGUCAUCAGGAGAAGGAUCUCAGGAACUCACUCUGUGUUAGCACUGUCCACCUCACAGCUGCUCCAGGCAAACUCCAGGUGCUACUUCUACUGCAGGAAAGAUGCUGAAUUUUCAUAGACUGUUUUGUUUUGUGUGUAUUUAUCUAGUUGUAUUUACCUGGUUGUAGCUACAGAAUUUGAGUCAUGCUCAUAUUGGCCUGCCUCCAUUUCCAUAUAUAUCCAAUUUAUCCAACUAAAUUUGCAAGUGCUCCAUCCUUGAACCACCUUUGUUAUUAUAUUUUAUUUUAUAUUAUUUUAAGCUAUGUUUUAAAGAUGCAGCCUAACUUUCCCUUCACUUAUGCAUGGGACUCUACACCACAGGGUGGCCACCCUUCUGAGAAUACAGGUUUAGUAUCAGAAACUUAUUCUGCACUCUGCCAUGAUGCAAAUAUUGCAUGCUCAGGAAAGAAGAUUUUUGUGCAUACCUUGUGUUGCAGCUCCGUGUUUUCCCGUAUAUUCAAAGCUUUAGCACAGCCUAAGCAGCAGGAGUGAAACAAAAGCAUCAGCAGCAGCAUUAUGUGGCCAUGAAUGUUAAUGUCAAGCACAAGAGAUAUGAUCUAUGGCCCUACAGCCCUUCAAGGCUAUGUACAUGUUCAAUUGAGGGAUAAAUUCAAGCCCCUAGACAUAUAUCCAUGCUAAAGUCCACUCACCUUAGCUUAGUCCUAAAGAAUAAUUGUAAAUUUUGACUUGCCUGUCUUCAUGUCAGUACCACCCGGCCUGAAUGUCGCCAGGCUUGUUGUUGCAAAUCACAGUCUGCAAGCAUGCCAGUAACAUUCAGUGAUAUUCAAAGCUUCUUUAACAUAUGAAAAUCAGCAAUGUUAACAUAUUAUUGUGUUUUGAUUUUUCAACAGAAUAUUGGUCUUAGCCAUUUAUUCAUCUCCAGGGUUUGUGGAGAAAAAUUAACUAAAUUAUGGAAUUUUGAUCAUCAUCAUUAUGAGAGGCAAAUUGUAAAGUAAUUUUUCAUAUUAAACCUUAUUGCUGUAGUGAUGUAGUCAGGAUGCCGCAAUGUUAUUCUUUUAUUGCAUUGAUGUAUAUUGAUGUCAUCAUGCUACUUUUGGCUUUGUUUUUUUCAAUAGAAAUUUGAGAUUCUACUUAUUGGUUUUGGCAAGUGCUGCAUAACAUACUCUGAAGUGCUAUUCUUGUCUUUAAUAUCAAUCAGGAAUAUGAUGCAAACUACAUUGUGCUUUUUCUUGGUGCACCAAUGCAACAUUGUGGUGCAUAAUGCUCCAUAUAAGUUGAUGUAAGUUGUGCUUAGAAUUUAUUUUUUAACACUGGUGAUCCACUGCCAUCUGAACCAUGGCACAGACGUGACGAUGGACCCGAGGCAGCACUGAAGGCGUUGAACGGCUAUUCUCAUUUGGUUCAUCUUUCGUUGUAAUUUGUAUCAUGUGAAACUUACAAACUACAUGUAUUCAUGUUAGUAACUGUGAGCCUGCAGGAAAAAAGGGAAUAGUUAUGUCUAGUGUUUAGUAAGAUGUCAUAAAUUUGUGUUCAGAAUGUGUGCGAUUUGUUAGUUUGUGACUUAGCACCCACACAUGCAUCUGCUAGUCAAUUCACAAAGGAAUGGUGCAGCUACCCAAGAUGACUGCUUACUCUGUGGACAUUCUGGAAAGCUGAUAAUUAAGUUGUUUUGUCACCACUUAAAAAUUAAUGUGUGAUUGCUGCAUGCAGGCACUGCCAUGUGUUUGUAGCAAAUGUUGCCUUACUGUAGCCUUCUUAUCAAAUUCUACUAAGCACCAAUGUUGCCACUGUGAUACCCUUGAGAACUAGUAUUCGUUGGUGGAAACAGUAAACUGUUUACAGUGGUGUCUUACUAAACUAGUAGAACUGUCAAACUUUAUUCAGUCAGACUAAAGAUAAUCAUAAAUGCCUAUCAGAUUCAUAUUGCUGUUGCACUUCCUUUUGGCUAAUUUGAAUAGAAUGUAAUUUGCCUUUGAUGAGUUGACGUGGUGUCCUGUUGCCAGUCCAGGCGCCUUGGCCUUGGUGUUUGUCACGGAGGUGUUUCAUGUGUGUAAACAAUGUGACCCAGACGUUGUCCCUUGUUACAGCAAGACAGUACAUGUUAGUGAAGUAGCAGUUCUUAGGUGGCCAGUGUUCCAGCAAGAUGUGAAAUGGGGCAGGUUAUUUUAUUUUAGUUUUUAUGGCAAAACAGCCAAUAAAAGUGCAUGCAAAAUGUUAGUCCCAUUGUAACCUUUUCAUAAAUACAUGGUAAUUUAUUUUUCAUUUUGGACGUAGUUUACUUUAAAUAUUAAGUGUUCCAAAAUAACAUUUGCUUCAGAGGUAAUGAUGCUUAGUGUCAGAAACAUGUACAACAUUGUUUUCAUCCUUCAGCUGUGUUCAUGAUCUUGGAGAUAUCCGGAAAGGAUUGAGUUAGCCAAUGUGUUUAAAAAUUGUUUGGAUAUUUGAGUUGGAUGAAUAAUUUUGCUUUAAUAUUUGAUAAGAUAUGAAAUUGGGAAGAAAAUUAUAUUAGGACAUUAUCAACAUUUGCCUAGCUUUGAUAAUUAGCCAUUUACAUUUACAAAAGGAUGUGUACUUGUUGCAUCAACUUGUGGACCAAGGUUCUUUGCAGCUCAAGGUAAAGCAAGGACGGAGCAAAGAGUCCCCGGCAGCAUAGGGGCUGUGGCAGCGAGCGUCCGUGCUGCUGCCAGCCUUGACACUGACUCAUGAACUGUACUGUGAAACACACCAGCAGCUGCUUGCACUGCACGGCAGCAGCGGCAGCUCCUGUACAUAUAAGCAGUCUAUAAGGCCAGGCUAUUGAGUAAGUCAAGUAGGUGAAAGAUUCAGUUUUGUUACCAAAAUUAAAAAAAAUAUUAGCUUUGAUCUAUUCUAGCAUUUAUAUUGAAGCAAACAUACUAUUGUACCAGUGAGACUGCACAAAUAAAAGUGCCAUAGUA